AUGGCAUCGAUCGACGCUGCGGGCAUUGCCGAAAUCCGGGUCGAGGCUAAGCCUGAGGCAGAGGCUGCCAAGGAGAUCCUGCCCGAGCUGGAUGCGGCGGAUGACGGCGCGGCGGCAACGUGGCUCCUGCAUGAUGACGCUGGAUGGUCGGAUCGGCGGUUUGUGGCUAACACUGAGCCGCAGAGCUUGGUCUGGCUCGGCGAGUCCCGCAUCACCGCGUUGGAGGCCAUGGGCGAUGGCCGGAUGUGGGCGGUGCGCAAGGCUGCGGUCGCGGUCAGCCUCCUCCACACCCGGGCCAUCAGGCCGGGUCAGGCGGUGCCGGCCUCAUCGGCAGUGAUCGAUGUACAUGCUGCACUGGCGGCGCCAGUGGCACUGACCUACGUCCGUGCCUACGGCAAGUACCCGGCCGAGCUGUAUGUGGUGGAUGCGUCGUGGAAGUACCGCCCGCGCAACAUUGAUGACGCGCGGGUGCCUGAAGAGCUGGAAAUGCGCGGUCACGGGCGGGUGCUGGCGUACGAUCCCCAGCAGCGUGUCUCGCGGUGGGCUAUCGCCCGCGAGCUCUACUUUCCGCUGGGAGUGGCGGCGGCGGACGAUGGCGCGUAUGUGCUGGUGACUGAGGCCACCAAGGCGCGAAUCAAGGUCAUCGAUCGGAGCGAUGACGAGCGGUGGUCUGUCUUUGUGGACGGGCUGCCGUGCGAGCCCGGGGCGAUUUCGCCUGCGCCGCCCGCUGCCGAUGGCUCUCCGCAAUGGUACGUCGGGUGCGUCGGCGUCCGCGGCGGAUGGCUGUCGCGGACGCUGGCAACAUCGAGACUGGCCAAGUACCUGGCGCUGGCGGUACCGACGACGAUGCUGGAUGCCGCCCGCGAGUGGGUGGACGGUUUCCGGGCUGCGCGUUUUCUCGUGGUGCGGAUUGCAGACAAGUCGCAAGGCCGCAUCCGAGGCGCUGUGGUCGAGGUUCACUCGGUGCCGGCAGAAGCCGGUCGUGGCCUCGCCGCAUCGACGCGAUCGGGUGUUUGUGCGAUGCGCGCGGACGCUGCGUGUGGCUGA